UUCUGCUAUUUUCGCAAUGGACGUGCUGCUCAAGCAGAAGACGACCCAGUGCAGCCUCCUCCAGCAGCAGGUCGAGGCGCUCAAGCGGGAGGCGACGCUGAAGGACGCGCUUCUCGCUCAGCACGAGAGCGAGAUGGUCCAUCUGCGCACAGAGCUCGACCGCCAGCGCGCGGCGAUGCAGCAGAUGCAGCAGCAGAUGCAGGCACAGCAGAAUGGCGGCAAUCCCGACGCGGGGCAUCCGACGCUGACUCUGUCGUCGCAGCUGCCCUCGUCCGCAUCACUGUCAUCACUCUCGCUCAUCGCAGCCACGGGAGCAGGAGCAGGAGCAGCUGGAGCAGCUGGAGCAGGAUUCAAAAGCCUGGAUCCCAUCCCACCGCUAGCAGCAGGAGCCGCUCCGACUGCGACCACUGUUACCACUACAACAACUGCUGCUACAACUACUACAACAAACACAACGCCUGCUAUGACCACGGCGGCGGCGGCGGCUGCGGCGGCUGGAUCGCUGCUGUUGCUCGGGACAACAACAACAACCAAUCCCAUUCCCAAUGCGAAUGCGAGCGUCAACACGGUGCCGACAAUGAGCCACAGCGAGCUUGGUCGGCGCACGUCGCUGAUUUCGCCGCUCAUCCGCCAAGCAGCGGCGGCGGCGGCGGCGGCUGGCACUGGCACUGGAUCUGCUGCCGUGUCUGCGUCCGCCCCACCGUCCGCCCUUCCGUCUGCGACUGCGACCACUCCUGCUGCCGCCGCUGCUGCUGCUGCUGCUGGAAUGGCUUCAUCAGACACGUCGGGCGUGCCGUCAUCGCUGUCCUUCCUGGCGAACGCGACGGCAGCCGCUGCGAGCCAAGCGCCCAUGAUGAAUGUUUCCAUUCUUCCCACCGCCGCUUCGAAUGCUGCUGCUGCUGCUGGAGUGGACCUGCAGACGGGUGCUUAUGCUGCUGCACUCGCAAGUGCAAGCCCGCCGCUGUCUCCGAGAAUCGAGCCGCGGUUUUUCGUGGAGCUCGAGUGCUGGCUGGACUCGCUCAACCCCAACUUGGAGAGCAGCGGUUUGGCGCGAUCCCGACGACUUCCGCCACCGACGACCAGCGCCAUCUUCCUCAAUCGCGCCGAUCUCGACAUGACCGAGGACUACUUUCGACCUGCCCCGUCGGCUCGGCGGCCGGCUGAGUCGACCCAGCAAGCGUCGGCAGCGUACAACAACGCGGGCAUCAACAAGAGCAAAAUGUCCAUCAUUGGCGAAGCCGCCUCUGGUGCUGUUGAAACGCUCAAAAAGAAGCUGCAACGCAAGGGCGACGAGCCCCGCGCCUUCCAGGCGACAGCCCCGGCUCUGCCAGCGGCACUGGCCUCGACCACGCCCGCCGAAUUGCAAGGCAUUCCCAAACUUGGAUCCUCCAAACCUGAAGACCGCCCCUGGUCGAUUGGCGGCGUUGUGGCAGAGCAGUCUGUGCAAAAGCUGCUCGCUGCUGCUGCGGCUGGGGGUGGUGGGCCCCUCAGCCCAUCUCUGGUUGCGACAGCGUCGCCCUCCCCGUCGUCGCCAAGCGCUGCUACGUCUCCAGCCAGCUUGUCGCCCGUCGCCACCGCCGCGCCACAGGUGCCCUUGCCAAACCCAGAGCACAACUCGCUGACCAAUGCGCUCGCGCGCCGACAAACAACUCCAAAGUGGCUCAUCCGGGCGUGGAUGGCGGGCGGGUUGUGGAACAGACACGCACAUUCUUCGGCUGCCACCGAAGCUGCAUCCACCGCAACCGCAGCCGUGAAUGGGAAGGAAAAGGUCGGUCGGGCAGAAGAAGCUCCAGGCGCUGUCACAGCGGCCGACAAGCUCACACCUUUUGCCUCCCUGCCUGCGAGCAAAGUCAAGUCCCCGAUCCUCGACAUUCUGCUGGCCGACGACAUGGCAAUUCUGGGGCCAUUGUGUGCUGCUGCCCCAGGCGCCGAGUGGGACGAGCUUGCCAAGAGCUUGCUCCGUGUCUACGAGUCGUGCCACUUGUCGUUCUCCUUUUUCGACCGCGUGAUUGCCGAGGUCAUCAGCAACUCGGAAUCGGAAAACACCCUCUUUCGCUCCAACUCGAUUGCGUCCAAGACCAUGUCCAUCUACUGCCGCAUGAUGGGGCGCUCCUACUUGCAGCUGGCUCUGGCGCCCGCCGUGAAGCGAAUUCUGACUCAGCCGGCCCUCAACUACGAGGUCGAUCCGAAAAAGCUAGUUGCUGCACUCAUGCAACAAAGGACUCCAACGACGACGAGUACUGCACCCGGUGCGGCCUCGUCGCUCGACGAUGCACAGCAAGCGUUGCAACAAGUCUUACAACAGCAGCAACAAUUGCAACAACUGCAACAACAACAACAGCAACAGCAACAGCAACAACAGCAAGCACAACAAGCUCAACCUUUGGUCGAGGAACCAAGCCAGGCAACCGUCGACGCCAUGCUGAAGGCAAACAUUGGGCACCUGACCGACGCGUGCUCCACCAUGCUGGAUGAUAUCAUUUCGCACAUCGAUGGCUUCCCGCAUCCCUUCCGCCGCCUCUGUGCCAUUUUGCGCUUCCACGUCGAGCGCAAGUACCCCACACGUGGUCUGUUUGCAGUCGGAUCGUUUGUCUUUUUGAGGUACAUUUGCCCGGCGCUUCUGACGCCCGAGAAAUUCCGCUUUUUGCCCUCCACCGGCGGCGGGGCUGGAUUUUCACGCGAAGACUUGCGAUCGGUGCUCUUGGUUUCCAAAGUGCUGCAAAACCUCGCGAACGGCGUCGAGUUUGGCUCCAAAGAAACGUACAUGAUUCCGAUGAACACAUUCCUUCUGCAUCAAGCGCCUCGCGUGUUUGCAUUCUUGGACGGAAUUUCAUGCGUGCCCGAAGUCUAUCAGCCCAUGACGGUCGAUCUGCCAAUCACACUGAUCGAGGAGUCCCUCGCCCAAAUCCAUUCCGUUUUCGCGUGCUCUGUCGAUGGCCUCGCCACACAACUGGGCAACAAGUCCAUGACUGAAGCCACGUCUGUCGAUUUGUAUGACGAAGUAAUGGUUGCUGCUCGUGCAGUGCGCGGUUGCGACGUUUCGCUCUUCUCGGCUUCGCGCAACGGCACCAAUCUAGCGCGUGCGACUGCUUCCUUCUCGCCGGGCUGUACUUGGAACGAGGCGCUUUCGGUUGAGCCUGGGCCCCAGUCGCCGGUAUCGCCAUCCAACAAGCGCGACUCUGGCGCCCUGUUGCUCGACGCCAGCGUGCCAGAUGUGCUUUCGCCAACGCGCCCGCCAUCUGCCGCCUCUCUCAUGGCGUUAGCUGUUGCCCAAACCCAGUUGCUUUUGCUUGAGGAGUUACUCUUUGCCGAUGAACAAGUCGUGCUCAAAGUCUUCCUCAAGGAAAUGUCUUCGCUGAAAGUCGCCUCGACGGCGCCCUCGGCCACCUCGAUGACAAACACAGCCUCGGCUGACGAUCUGGCCAAGCCUGCGAUCGACUUGCUCGCCUCGCAUGGGCUGACGUGCGCCGUGCUUGGCGAUUUGAUGCGCAAGGAGAUUGGCGUCCGCAUGACGACGCUGAAGGAGAUUAACGACCACAACACUCUGGGCAGUCGAAUGCUGUCGGCGUUUGUCAAGCUCGAGGCGAGUGAUAGUCUCAUGCGCUCCCUGAAGGAUGUCGUCGAAGAGGUGUGCAGGUCAAGCGUUUCCUAUGAGGUUGACCCCGCUCGCGCUGCCCUUUCCGAAAACACGCAAGAGAACAUGGAUCGACUGCUCCUGACUUCGCUCAAGCUUUUGAGUUGCAUUCUCAACUCGCACACCACCUUGCCUCUGUCUGUUCGGAAACUGCUGUACACGCUGUACACUGCGGUGGAAGCACGAUUCCCGAAAGAGGGCGUUGGGUGUGUCUUGCGCUUCCUGUUCCAUAAGUGCAUCUGCCCUGCUAUUACUUCGCCAUCGGCACAUGGCCUUACGGAUGUCAUCCCUAACGUAUUCGCGCAUCGAGCUCUGGUAUUGCUCUCGUACACACUGCGAAACAUGGCGGCCCAGACCAUGUUCAAGGACUCGUACAUGAAUGAAAUGAACAAGUUCAUUGCCAACCAGAAGGAGCUGCUGGAAGACUUUGUUAUCAAGCUUAUUAAUCUGCCGACCCGAGAUGAAGGAAAUGCACCAGUCACCGCCAUGAACUUUUACCGACAGCAGACCGUGAAGGAUGGAAACGAUGUUGAAUCGGCAAUUCCGAUCGACCCAGCUGUCCGUGCGCAAGCACUGCAGCUUGUUGCUCGGCUCAUCGAAGAAAACUCUGCCAAGUUCAAGACCCUUGUUGGAAAGGAGCGCAGUCAACGAAUCUCUUACAAUCUGUUCGACCGAGCAUUGGUUGUGGUACAACUGUGCAAGCCGUCGAGCUCGAGCUCUCUGCAUCCGCCGCCGCCACCCGGCCCUGUGCUGAGUCGAUGAGAAACUUUGGUUUUUGUGUGUUGUGUCCUGAUUACGUUUUCACCGCUGUCAAUUCAAAUGAUCAUAUUAUUCGUUCUGUC